AUGGAUAUUGUCACCUUCUUUAGUGUUGUUAUUUUCCUCUGGAUUUCCUAUACGCCGAAACUUUCCAUAUCCUUACACCUUCUACAAGCAGAAUUUCCUCUAUUUAAUCGGUCUCUUGUUAUUGACAACCUUUCUCACGGCGUGGCACAUAAUUUGAAGGGUAAUCACUUGUCUUAUCUCUAUGCCCCAUGGGAUGCACAAUCCUUAAGGCACACGGAUGAUGUGGAGUUAUUCAUGGGGUCGUACUUUGGUCAUGCUUCACCUGUUUUGAACUACCCGUAUUCCGAAACUUGGUCUGUCAGGGAAUUGACGGCAGCAAUUCUUGAAGAGUUGCGGGUAAUCGUAGCAAAUUUUAAGGGAUCCAACCUUCUUCUCCUUCCUCAUCUUUCGACCGCCUUCCCCUCAUCAGUUAAUAUAAGCGAUCACAGUCCCCUUAUUUUCCUCUUCACUGAUUCUCACAGUGAACUUGACUCCUCUUAUGAUCAGGAUGUCUAUAUGUCUUCAAAGGAGCCCUUUACGAGAGGGUAUGAGAUUCUACUCUUACUUCCCCUCCUAGAUUUUAUAAGUCUGGCUAACCACUUACUGAAAAAAGAAUUCAAUCCCUAUGAAGCUCCUACUUCGGUUAAAGGUAUUGACGGUAUGCUAGCAGUAGCUAGAAUCAAUCGGCUGUGCUGUGAAUUUGCGGUCGCAGAGGCAACCGACCAGGUUGGCGUUUUUGAUACAGCAAAGGUUCGUACACGUGCUUUGGCCCUGAUUAGUGAACAAGCAAGGCCCCGGUACAGUCGUAUUUGCUCCAAAGCAAAGGUAGUAAACUAUGCUCACGUUAGAACGCCAAAGAUUGAGGCUCUUGGCUGCCAUAGAUGGGGUAACGGUUCUCUAACUUUCUCCACUGUUUCGAUCCACAAUCCACCUCCUUGGGUCGAAGUUUUCUUUGGCAACAAAUCAAACCUACCAAAGGUUGCCAUUGUGGAUUCUAAGGCUGAGGUAGUGUACACAAUGAAGAGUAGUCUCUCUUAUGAAAACUUGGGACUUAAUGAUGGUGUUAGCCACUUCUGUCGCAUUACAGCCACCUUCAUUUCCCAUUUUCACAACGGCACUCUUCAGCGACACCUCUUUUCCGAUGAAAGAGUAGUGAGUAGGCGACGAGUUGGUUUUCUGCACCAAGCUCAUAGCGCUGCUCACCUGGAAUCGCUAAUUGGCCUGAAUUCGAAGGAUGUGGUCGUGCUCUUCUUUGGUCGCCAUUGUGGUUACACAACUCACGGACGGGGUGUCCUUUACGAAUUUCAGUCGGUGGCCAAACACCUUGCACAUCAAAAGUCUCUUCUUUUCGUAGUCGUUGACGUCGAUGUUGUGCAGCUUCCGUGGUCUUUAACAGUGGAGUACAUCCCCAUCAUUAUACUCUUUCCAAGGCAUCAAAAGUCCAAUUCCAUAGUCUUUCCAAAAGCUCUUCUUUCCACCACCAACCUCUAUUCCAACCUUGUAAAAUUCCUGAACAAACGUAUAAAUCAUUCUACCAAUUCCACUACCAUCGAGGACUCAUUCCGUUUGGUGGAGCACCUGAACGUACACAUAGCUCGGAUUUCGUCGGCUGAGGGAGUGCUAGAAGGUCUUCUUCAACGUCUGGUAAUUGGGCUGCAGGAGCUUAGCAUCGAGAUACGCAAACACACCUUCCAGUACAUUCUAGCCACUGAAUCAGGUCGGAUGACUCUUCAUCGGCUGCUUUUCAUCCGAGAUCGACUCUCCUUUCAGUGGGGUCGUUUUCUUGCCGCAAAGGAACGAUUAGUGAAGGAGCGGAGCAUUGCAAAGACAGCGCGAGCCCAUCUCCUUUCGGAUCACAUUUAG